GUCAGAGAGUGGGUAUAAAUAAGUGCUGUCCAGGCUGAGAGGGACACUUGGACCCGGUGAACAAGAUGUGUGUGAAUGUGGUGUGGCUGGCUACCUUGGCUCUAUCUCUUCCUGCACUCUCACAAUGUGAUCCACUAUUUGUUGUGACUGCGCCAAACCUGCUUCGGGUGGGCAGUAAGGAGAAUGUGUUUUUGGAGGCACAGGGAUAUGACGGAGCAAACAUCAAUGCUGAAAUUACGGUGAAGGAUUUUCCAGCCAACAAAAGGGAAAUCUUCUCCAAAAAAUUGACCCUGGAGAAAAAUAAUAAUUUCCAGGCUCUCCAGGAAAUUUUGCUCCCCGAGGCAUUCUUUGAAGAAGACACAAGUCAGCAACAAUAUGUCUUCCUGAAAGCAAAAUUUAACGAUAAAGAAUACGAAAAAGUCAUCUUGGUCUCUUUUCAGUCUGGGUACAUAUUUGUACAAACGGAUAAGAGCAUCUAUACUCCAAGAAGCACAGUUCUUUACAGGGUUUUUGCCUUGAACCCUGGUCUGGAGCCGGUCACUAGUGGUGUUUCUGUGGAAAUCAUGACACCAGAUGGAAUCACAGUUCAGAGAGACAUUGUGCAGCCUGACAAAGGGGUCAAAUCAGGACAGUACCCCCUCCCAGAGAUCGUCAGUGAGGGGACCUGGAAAGUGGUUUGCCGAUUCCAGAACACCCCACAAAAGAACUUUACUGCUGACUUUGAAGUCAAAGAAUAUGUGCUUCCAAGUUUUGAGGUCAAGCUGACACCAGAAAAAUCUUUUUUUUAUGUCGAUGAUAAGGAGCUAUCCAUCGACAUAACUGCCCGGUACCUGUUUGGAAAAGAUGUUUUUGGGAAAGCGUUUGUAGUUUUUGGUAUGGUGACAAAGGAUGGUCAGAAGACGAUUAUCCCUGCCUCUCUGCAGAGAGUGCCUAUUGAGGCAGGAAAGGGCAAGGCCACGCUAACAAGGGAGCAAAUACAGAAAACCCCACUCCCCAAAGAUGUGGACAUGGUGUCCAUAUAUGUAUCUGUCAGUGUCCUGACACGCACUGGCAGUGAGAUGGUGGUGGCAGAGAGAACUGGGAUCCUGAUAGUGACCUCACCCUACACCAUCCACUUCACGAAGACCCCCUCCUAUUUUAAACCUGGAAUGUAUUUUCAAGUUGCGGUCUAUGUCACAAACCCGGAUGGCAGUCCUGCUCAAGGCAUUGAUGUUGAGGGGCCAGGGGAAGCCUCAGGCAGGACACAGGGAAAUGGGAUUGCCAAGCUUAUCAUCAACACCAAUGGAGAUGCUAAAUAUCUACCGAUCACUGUGAAAACCCAAGAUCCUGCUCUGACUAACAAGCAGCAGGCUACAGCACAAAUGACAGCCAAAGCAUAUGCCACAAAGGACAACUCAAAGAACUACUUGCACAUCAGCAUCCAGUCAGGUGAACUGAAGAUGGGAGACGAUCUGCUAAUCAGCCUCAACACUCGGGACGGCCCAGGUAGUCAGGGUCAAAAGCAGUUCACGUACCUGGUACUGAGCAAAGGACAGCUUGUUCAUGCUGGGAGACAGUUAGGACAGGCAAUGGUGGCCAUACAGUUACGAGUGACCAAAGACAUGGUCCCCUCUUUCCGAAUUGUGGCGUACUACCAUGUGGCCAAAGAAGUGGUGUCGGACUCCAUCUGGGUGGACGUAAAGGACACCUGCAUGGGAACGCUGAAAGUCACCACCAGUAAGCCUAAGGAGUUCUAUGAACCACGCAAGCCUUUCAGCUUAACAAUCACUGGUGACCCUGGGGCAAAGGUGGGACUGGUGGCUGUGGACAAGGGUGUCUAUGUCCUCAACAGUAAGAACAGACUGACACAAACUAAGAUCUGGGACAUCGUUGAAAAGCAUGAUAUUGGCUGUACACCUGGGAGUGGCGCUCACAGCAUGGGAGUUUUCUAUGACGCUGGCCUGGCAUUUGAAUCUGGCAUUGAUAAGACCGAAACUAGAUCAGAACCAAACUGUCCUGUCCCAGCAAAGAGUCGUAGACGGCGCUCACUCACACUGACAGAGUUGAAAAGCUCACUAGCUGCAAAUUAUACUGGACUGGAGAGACAAUGCUGUCAGGACGGCAUGGUGGAGAAUCUGCUGGGCUUCACGUGUGAGAGACGCUCACUUUACAUCGUUGACGGCAAAGACUGUGCCGAAGCUUUUGUGCACUGCUGCUUAAUAGUAGAAAAGAAAACAGAGGAAGCCAAGACCGAAGACCUGCUACUCGCACGCAGUGAAGAUGAUGACUACUAUAUUAGCGACACUGAAAUUGUAUCCCGCACGCAGUUCCCUGAGAGUUGGCUAUGGGAGGAACUGUCACUGCCAGGAUGUCCUGGAGGCAAACAGGAUUGCCCGUCCACGUCAUACACAAGGAACAGCUACCUGAAGGACUCCAUCACCACCUGGGAAGUCACUGCUAUCAGCCUGUCCAAAGACUACGGAAUCUGUGUGGCGGAUCCCUUUGAAAUGACGGUGAGGAAAAAUUUCUUCAUCAAGCUGAAGUUGCCCUACGCUGCAGUACGUAACGAGCAGUUGGAAAUUAAGGCUGUGCUUUACAACUACCUUGAAGAGGCAAUACGGGUUCGAGUGGAGCUUAUGGAGACAGAGCACGUGUGCAGCGCAGCGAGCAAGAAGAAUAAGCAUCGUAUGCCAGAUGUGAUUGUGGACUCCAUGUCCUCACAUACAGUCCCAUUUGUCAUUAUCCCAAUGGCCCUGGGUCUUCAUUCCAUCGAGGUUAAAGCCGCUGUCUACGACUCCACCCAAACGGAUGGUGUCAAGAGAGACCUUCUUGUGGUGCCUGAAGGACUGAAAACCACAAAGCAGGUUACAAACUUGGUCCUGAAUCCAGCAGAUCAUGGUGGCGUUCAGAAGCAGAAGAUCGCAGCUGUGAACUUAACAUCCCGGGUGCCGGGCUCACCUGCACAGACCUACAUCAGUGUGACAGGGGAGCUGCUGAGCCAGACCAUUCAGGCAGCCAUAAGUGGGAAACCUAUGGGCAGCCUAAUACACCAGCCAGCAGGCUGCGGCGAGCAGAACAUGAUCAGCGUUACAGGACCUGUCAUCGCCACACAUUACCUGGACAAAACCGGUCAGUGGGAGCAAGUUGGGUUAGAUCGUCGGGCUGAAGCCAUCAAAUUCAUUAAUCUGGGGUACACUCAGCAGCUGGCUUAUCGCAACGCAGAGGGUGCCUACAGCGUUUGGGCAGCUAAGAAUCCCAGCUCUUGGCUGACGGCAUACGUAGCCAAAGUUUUCAGCAUGGCGUACAAUCUCAUCACCAUUCAGGAGGAUGUUCUCUGCGGCGCCCUCAAGUGGCUGGUCCUGAACGCACAGCAGCCAGAUGGCAUUUUCAAAGAGGUUGGCCAGGUCUACCAUGGAGAAAUGGUGGGUGGUGUACGAGGAAAAGACUCAGAGGCCUCAAUGACUGCGUUUGUCCUCAUUGCCCUGCAGGAGGGCCGUCACAUCUGUGUGGAUAAAGUCAAAAGCCUGCCAGACAGCAUGAAGAACGCCAAGGAGUUCCUGUCUGGAAAGAUCCGUAGCCUGACCAACCCCUAUGCAGUGGCCCUCACUGCUUACGCUCUGAGCAAUGAGGGGAAUCACCACCUGGACAUCCUGAACGGCUUCUCAUAUGAACAAACACACUGGCCAGUACCUGGGAGUCACUUUUUCACCCUGGAAGCAACUGGCUAUGCACUGAUGGCCCUGGUAAAUGCCAAAAAGUUUGACCAGGCUGGCAAGGUUGUUAAAUGGUUAACAGAACAGAGAUUCCACGGAGGUGGUUAUGGAUCCACCCAGGCCACUGUCGUCGUCUUUCAAGCUGUGGCAAUGUACAUGAGAGAAGUAGCCGCUGUGAAGGACGUUGACCUGCAAGUGAGCCUCGAUGUGGCUGGCCGCGCAAAACCUAUCAAGUGGACGUACAGCAAGAGCAACGCUCACAUCACCCGCUCAGAGAAGACUCGGAUUGACCAAGACCUCACCGUCACUGCCAAAGGAACUGGCCAAGGAACCAUGUCCGUGGUGACCAUAUACAAUGCUUUGCCUGAAGAGAAGAAAGUGGACUGCACGAUGUUUGAUUUGACGGUUAAGCUGGAAAGGGAACGAAAAGCCACUAUGGAAGAUGCUCUGGAAACAUACAAGCUCACAAUUGAUUUGUUGUACCGAUCCGAUCGAGAUUCCACCAUGUCUAUCGUGGAUGUUACCAUGCUCACAGGCUUUAUUCCAGAUGAGAAGGACCUGCAGAGGUUGACCACAGGGAAGGAUAAAAAUGUCCAGAGGAUCGAGACGGACAAACAGCUUUCAGAGAAAGGCUCCCUCAUUUUCUACCUGGAUCAGGUUUCCCACAAGCUGUCUGACAGAGUGGUCUUCAGGAUACAUAAGAUAAACAGAGUGGGUCUGCUUCAGCCAGCUGCUAUUUCUGUGUAUGAGUAUAACUCCAAGGAAAACCGCUGCAGGAAGUUUUAUCACCCGGAGAAGAAGGAUGGCGCACUGAACAGGAUCUGCCAUGAGGACGUGUGUCGCUGUGCAGAAGAAAAAUGCAGCUAUCAGAAGAAACAAGAUUCGGAACAAGAGUUUGACCGUGUGACCAUUGCCUGUUCAGCUGGCAUGGACUACGUGUACAAAGCCAAAUUGAUCCGGUCUUAUCUGAGUUACACCAUUGACCGCUUCACUGUCCUAGUAGAGGAAGUCAUCAAAGAAGGCACUGACUCUGGGUUAAAGGGAAAGCAGCGUACAUUUAUGGCCCAUCCUUCCUGCAGAGAGGCGAUAGGUUUGAAAGAAGGAAAGACAUACCUGAUCAUGGGCAAGUCUGACGAUCUCAUCAGAGAUGAGGACGGAAUGCAAUACAUGCUGGGAGAGGACACCUGGAUAGAGUACUGGCCCACAGAGCCGGAGUGCCAGCAGCCAGCAUUCCAAGAGACCUGUCAAGGCAUCAGGGAGGCCACAGCAGACCUCGUCACGUUUGGAUGCCCCACCUAAACGUUCCGUUUGCUUUCGGUUAUGAACAUUUUAAAAAUGUAAAAUGGGCGUUGCAUUUGCACCUGUGAAUGUCAAUUUUGACGUUACUCCCUUCCCACAGUGUAACUGUCAAACAUGAGGGCUCCGCCAGAGUUUGCGAUUUGCCGUUUUUAGCAUAGAACAAUGGAACAUGUCAUACCACAGCCUUUUCUGCGGCUGUUUAAAAGGUCAUGAAACCACUGGCCUAUCAUUAUAGCCACAGUACUGGUCUUUGCUCGGCUGAAGAGAGUAUACCGCUAGUCCCCUCCUUUAGACACUCUUCUGACUGCAAGCCAUGAAUCCACUUUUUCUAGUCUUGUGAAGUCCCACCCUGAAAAACACACUUUGUGUACACUGGUAACCUAAUUCUGUAUCUGUUAUUAAAUUCUCACCGUCAUGAUAAAUUGUAUCUUGCAGCAUAUAAUUGUCUGUAAAGUAACCGUGGAAAUAAAAUCAGAAGUUCAACAUA